AUGCGCACGUCAUCAUCUCCUUGCUCUUCAUUCUUGUCGAGCCGAAUGUCCAUGUUGGGGUUGCCGCUGUUUGCGACUUCAUCCCAGGGAGCUCCCGACAUGUCACUGAGUGCAGCGGGGAUGGAGAUACAGAAUGUGUUGAUCGCUUCCACAGCAGAGGACAACUGGUGGAAAAUGAUAGAAGAGUUUGACUUCUUCAAGAUCGGCUCUGGUUUCUUCUCCGACGCCUUGAUAGCUCUACAUGCUAACACGGGUUUGAGCUGGGCGUUUACGAUCUGUAUUGGUACUCUUAUCCUGCGUUUGUCGUUCAUUCCCCUCCAAAUCUACUCGGAGAGGAAUACACACAAGUUCGUGAUGAAAGUCACUCCGCAAGCCCGCAAGCUUUAUCACCAACUCACACCCAGAACCAUCGACGGCAAGCCAGCUGGCUUUGCCUCGUGGUCCCACCUGCUGUCGACAUAUUCUACCUUCCUCCAAGGCUCGAGGAAGAUCUGGAGAGAGCAGCAGUGCUCUCCGAUAAAGUCUUGGAUCAGCCCCAUGAUGCAGCUUCCGAUCUUCCUGUGCAACUCCAUCGCGAUCAGGAAGUUUUGCUUCGGAGACAUGGCGGAGGAGUUUGCGCAAGGAGGGUUGUGGUGGUUCAAGGACCUCACCGAUAGCGCCAUGAUUGGAUUUCUCAAGAUCAACUUCGAUGCUCCGGAGAUGCUGAUUCUGCCGUGUUUGAGGUGA